AGUCGGCAAGUAACGGUCGCUAAAACUAGCGAAGUAAUUAUCGGAAAUUAAUAAAUAAAAUAUCGAUCGAAUCGGGAUAGGAAGGUGAACACAGCGGUGUAAUACAUAAAAGCGUACGACAUGAAUUUGUCAAAGAGAAAACCGUCCGAAGUUCGACCACGUGGUCUCGGCCAAAUAAAGCCUGUAACACCCGAAGGUCUAAACCGAUUAUAAAAAGUAAGACGGCGUUGGAAAGCGCAUGUCAACAGCAACAAAAUGAUAUAUAGUACACUCACCGAUCGUAAAAAAGACCAAAGAUAACGCAAGUUAAAAACGGCUAGCCUACAAACACCGCUGCGUAAUGAUACCUAUAAACCCACUGACACCAAGGAUAUGCCACCUUUCGAAUAUGAAGAAAUACAUGAGGCAUUUAACAACUUAAGAAAUAAUAAAGCUCCUGGCAUUGAUUCAAUUACUUCAGAAAUAGCUAAACAUUUAUGGGAUCUGAUCCCUCACCAUCUCUUUAAUAUAUAUAAUAAUUGUCUCUCUCGUGGUAUUUUUCUGGCACUUUGGAAAGUGGCUAAAAUAAUACCUAUUCCUAAACUUGGAUCUCCUGGAGAUACACGACUGAUCUCACUUUUACCUGUACUCGGGAAAAUUCUCGAAUGGCUUGUUAAUAAAAGGCUUUUAUGGUUUGUGGAAUGCCACAAUUACAAAAACAAUGCUCAAUAUGGCUUCCGACCAAUACGAAUUGCAGAAGAUGCUAUAAAUACAGCUGUAACUUCUAUAAACCAACUAUUGGAUGAAAACAAGUAUGUACAGUACUAGGGGUCAGCCUUGACAUCUCCAAGGCAUUUGAUAGUGCCUGGUGGCCCCUAGUUACAUUCCAAUUACAAAAAUUUUCAUGUCCAAGGAAUAUAUUAUAUCUGAACUAUGAUUAUUUAAAUGAGAGAUCGGCUGUGUUAGAAUGCGGACAACUCCAUGUCAGUAAAUCUAUAACCAGAGGAUGCCCACAGGGGUCUGUGUGUGGAUCCCUGCUCUGGAAUAUAGCAUUUAAUGCUUUCUUUGAUAACAGCUUUGGGCAGGAUAAAACUAUUGCAUAUGCACAUGAUCUUUUCAUCCUUCUAGGAGGCCGUUCAAGAGCGGAUCUUGAGCUUAAAGGUAAUAAUUUGCUAAAUGCUGUUCAAACUUGGGGCCUUAAUCAUAACUUAUGUUUUAAUCCCCUGAAAACUAAAGGCAUUGUUUUCAAUAAGCCUAGAAACCCCAAUUUAUAUCUCAGGGUACCACAUAUUAAAAUGUCCAAUAGAUCUAUUAAAAUUGAAAAAACAAUUAAAUAUCUGGGUGUCAUCAUAGAUUACUGCCUGAGUUGGGAUCCUCAUAUUGCAUAUAUCACUAGCCAUACUGGGGUUAUUUUCCAGGGUUUCUCAUAAGUGGCCAGAAAUGUUUGUGGACUUUCCUUGCAUGCAAUGUCUGUUGUGUAUGACGCAAUCUUUAUUCCUAUUAUUUCGUAUGCAUGUGGCACUUGGAGAUGGACAAUCAAUAAAGUUCAUACUAAACGUAAACUAAUUUCUGCACAAAGGAACGGUUUACUUAAUAUCGCCAAAGCUUAUUGCACCGCACCGACUGCUAGCAUCCAAGUUCUCGCACAGAAACCCCCAAUAGAUCUUGUUAUCUCAUAUACUCAGAAAUUACAUCUAUUAAAAUGGGGAGGAAACAUUCAAACACGAUGCCUGCUGAUAGAAAAUGAUAAUUACGAACAGCCUAUCCCCUACUAUCACACACAAUAUCCAAUCUGUAGAUCCAAUUUAACUUUUACUAAUGAACAAAUAGUUGACAUUGACAUCUAUAUGGAUGGAUCUAAACUCCAACAUAGGAUUGGUUGCAGCUUCGUUACUUAUUGCAACAGUAACAAAAUAUACCAUCAGAAGUCUCGGCUUGGGAAUCAAUGUAGCGUUUUUCAAGCUGAGUUGAUAGCUAUUAAACUAGCUGUCACUUGGAUUUGUAACAGCUAUACCUACUGCUCUGUUCACAUACAUACCGACUCUAUGUCUGCGCACAAUGCUAUUAAAAACAUCAAUACACAUUUUGUUGUGAUUGAUAUUAACAAUCUUAUUAGCUAUUCAAAUUGUCAAUUUAUUAUUAGCUGGAUCCAUGCUCAUCAAGGCAAUCACGGAAAUGAACGAGCAGAUACCCUCGCUAAAAUGGCUGCAGAGGAUGACACAAUCUCUAUUACUUACAGCAAAAUUAGCAAGAAAACCAUCCGACAGGAACUUUGGAGAGACACCUUAUACGAAUGGCAAAUCCAAUGGAACAACAUCAAUAAUAAUCACACGGCAAAAUUUAUACCUAAUCUGAUUCAUCUCACUACUCUACACUGGUUCUCUCCUAAUUUCUACAGUUCACAGAUACUUACCAAUCAUGAUAAGUUUGCAAGUUAUCUUUGCAGAUUCACCAAUCGAGUUUCUCCUUUAUGUCCUACAUGUCAAGUAGAAGACAAUUCCUUUCAUUACAUUUACGACUGCGUCACUUUAGAAAACGAACGGUUGGAGCUAAUACUACUCUUACAAGAACUGGAUAUCGACUGGCCAUGUGCACCAUCUGACUUUUUCAAAAGUGAGAGUGUGUAUCGUGCCUUCGAAAGACUGUUCAAAAAAUUUCACCACUUUUCACUCACUGCCAUAUGUAACUAAUGGACUGUACUGUUGUGGUAGUUCUGUUGUUUAAGUUAAUACAUUAAGGUUUUAGUGUUAAAUUAGAUUUAUUUUGAUGUUAAGCACUUUUAUUAUCAAUUCUCUGUUAAUGUAUAAUGUUUUUCUGUCAUAUUACUUUAAUACAAAAUGGUAUUUUUAAUUUAAAUAUUAAUUAGGAUAAUUUUACACUCGCUUUUACUUAGUUUAAAUUUUAAAAUUUUAUGUAAAAUUUAUGAAAUUCAAUUAUGUAAAACUAGUCUCUUCUAAUUGUAUUUGUAACCUUAUAACCCUGGUAAUUCAAAAGCGGGACCAGGAUGUGCAUGUUAUUUUAAUGUACGAAUAAAUACUAAAUGAAAAUGAAAAAUGACAAACACUGAGAUCAUGCAUAUCUAUUUACACUAUAUAUUACAUUGGUUACUAUAAUUUUGAACUUUUCAAACCUAUUGGAAAUUUAACUAGCGAUGAAUGAUUAUUAUUACACAAACUGUAGAAAAAUGCUUGAAUGACAAUGUAGACAAAUAUUAAUGUUGAUAGCAAGAGUAAAUUUUAUUUAUCUUAUUAACAAAAAAGUAAAUUUGCUGAAAAUCUUUUACCUGAUGAAUAAUAACUAAUAAAUCGCAGAUACCUUUCGUACUUAUUCCAGCAGGUACAUUUAUUAGAAAAAGAAAUGUUUUAGCCACUUUCAGGGAUCUUUGUCAGGUUAUCGUACUUUUUACAAUCUAAUGCAGUGUUUCCCAAUGUGGGACAAUUGGAUUAUUAAGGGGGCAAUUUGAAAAUGGACUCGUCCAGAGUUUAAGUUAACCAUAUAGCCGCUGUAUAUGUUAGGGGGGCACAAGAAUUUUAGAAAGGCUUAAGUGGGGCAUAGCACAAAAAAUGUUGGGAAACACUGAUCUAAUGCAUUUAAUCAAAUUCCAAAUGGAACAUUGGUACUAUUUUAG